GCUGCGGUUUGGGACACGAUGUGAAGACUCCAACAGCUAACAGUUAGCCGCGGCGAAGAGGCUAACAGUUAAUACACGCCUGCUCCGCGCGCUCACGGACCCUGACACGCGCACGGAGAGUUCGGUGCGGGCUCGUUUCCACGCACGACGCGGGUCCUGGGGGUUUUUAGCGGGUUGUUUUUCUUCAGGGGGGCGGGUGUUAGCGACUUCCUGCAUGUUAGCAUUAGAAGCUAAGUGUUUACCAGUCUACGGCUCGGUUGGUGAAUUAUUCAUGACUCUGCCCGCUGAUUGGUGGAUACAGGGCGAGGGCGGAGCUAGAGAGCGUGUACUAUAAGGAGACCCCAGAAGAAAACAGCAGGCCUGAUAGAGGAUCUCUCUCUGAUUGGCUGAGGAGUCUGCUCAUAGAGGAUGAUCAGGAUGUCAUUGGACAACGAGACUGCCCUCCCUCAUGAGGUUAGCCCCGCCUUUCCUGCCACCGGCAGCCUAUCAGAGCAGCGAAAAAUGGCCCACCCCCUCCGUCCCAAAAAUGGCCUUCAUCCGCCCGGCAACAGCCAGCUCGCCAUCACCACCUCUGCUCCCCCUGUUCAGCGAAUAGCAAAGAGGAGAUUCUCCAUGGGCGUCAACUUCAAGGGGAUGGCCAAGAGGCGUCGCCGUGCCAACAGCGACAGCCAAUCAGAGCCUGUUCUGCCAAGUCAUUUCCUGUUAGGAGGAAAUAUAUUUGACCCGUUGAACCUGAACUCGCUCCUGGACGAAGAUGUCAACAAGGCCACCAAUCAGGAGACGCCUAAGUGCUCGCCCCUGCCUCUGCGGGGAGAAGACCCCGUAGAGAUCCUUGUUCCCCGUGACAUCACCGACCCCCUGAACCUGAAGGGAGGCGGCGCAGACGGGAAGGAGGGGGGCGGAGUCCUGCUGUCCCCGCUGAAGAUGAGGAAGAGACACAGGAACAGACACCACGGCGGGGGAGGAGAGAGGGAGGCGGUACCCGGUCGACUGUUUCCGACGGUUACUGGGCUGACAGUUCCUCUGCUGACCACAGAGGGCAGUGUUCCUCCCUCCCCUCUCCCCUGUGAACUCAACACUGCCAUCACCUGUCGGGAUGAUGUAGCCCCGCCCCCUAUCCUCCCCAGGAGGCACACCCACCCUCCACCUGGCCAGGCCAGUAAACAUGGUAACCAUGGCGACAACCGCCAGCGCAGACGGCGCCGUACGACUUCAGCAAGGUCAGGAGACUGUUCGGCUGAUGCUGUUACCAUGGUACCCACAGCUCGGCCAACAAAAUUUCAGACUCCUCUGGUGGGAGGGGCUAAAGUUGGCAGGUGUGCUGGUCUACAGCCGGGCUCUCAUCCACCACAGCAGAAGGACAAACACCGCUACCAACACGGCAACCACAGCUGCUACUAUGGCUACCACGGUUUCUAUGGCGACGGGUGGGAGGGGCGAGUCGGGGAAGAAGAGGAUCCCAGGCUCCGCCUCCUAGAAGCUGAUUGGUUCAGAGACAGAACAGUGCUGGAUGUGGGCUGUGGCGCCGGUCACAUGACCCUCGCCAUCGCCCGUAGAUUUAACCCCACACAUAUCCUGGGGGUGGAGCUAGAUGAGCGAUUGGUCCAUGCCGCCAGACAGAAUGUGAGGCACUUCCUGUCACAUGACCUGGUGGUGGGGGAGAGGAGAAAAGAGGGGGUUGGGGCAAAGAAACCCCUCCCCCUCUCCUUCAGGGUGAGUCGGGGUCCUCUCUCUGCCCCGCCCCUCUUCCCCCCUUCCUCCCCCUCCUCCUCCUCCUCCAGGUUCCCUGAUAACAUCACCUUCAUCCAGGGUAACUAUGUGUCAGAGAAGGAGGUGUGGCCUGGAAGGGGCCAGUAUGAUGUCAUCAUGUGUCUGGGUGUGACCAAGUGGAUGCAGCUGCAGUCAGGUGACGAGGGCGUGGUCACACUGUUCAAACGAGCCUAUCAGAGCUUGUUGCCAGGCGGAUUAUUCAUCCUGGAACCACAACCAUGGAGCAGCUACCGCCGCAGCAAAAGAGCCUCGCACUUCCGGAGGUCACAGGUCAACAAGAGUGCUACUGUUGGAAAGGCCGUACCCCUUAAUGUGUGGGUAGAGCCUAAUGCCCUCUUGAUGCCCCGCUCUGUUGGAGGGUUACGGCCCAAAAUAAACUUGCCCCAGGUGGUUUUCAUCCUGUAUCCUAACCCCUAA